AUGCCCACGGUGAACCUCAACCGCGAUGAACUCUUCGCCAGACUCGGUAAGACGUACACCGAGGAUGAAUUCGACGAGCUGUGCUUCGAGUUCGGGAUCGAACUCGACGAAGUGACUUCGGAAAGCGCGAUGAAAUCAAAGUUUUUAGGGCAAGACGGCGAUAAAACGAGCGCGAACGCGGACGAGAGCGACGACGUGAUAUACAAGAUUGAUAUCCCGGCGAAUCGUUACGAUUUGCUGUGCUUGGAAGGGAUCUCGCGCGCGUUGAAUGUGUUUCGAGGGACGACGCCGACGCCGACGUUUCGAGCGCGCGAGCCGUCGAGCGGGACGCGGGAGCGGAUGACGGUGAAGCCGAGCGCGAUGUUGGUCAGACCGUUCGUCGUGUGCGCGGUACUUCGAGGGCUGAAGUUUACCAAGGAGCGAUACGAGAGUUUCAUCGAUUUGCAGGACAAGUUGCAUCAGAAUAUUUGUCGACGCCGAAGCCUGGUGGCGAUCGGGACGCACGACUUGGGGAAGAUCAAGGGGCCGUUCACCUACGAAGCGCAGUUGCCGGAAGAGAUCGAGUUUGUGCCGUUGAAGCAGGAGAAGUCGUUCAACGCUCGAGAUUUAAUGGAGUUUUACAAGGGAGAUCAGAAAUUGAAGCACUUUUUGCACAUCAUCGAGGACAGCGCCGUGUUUCCCGUGGUGAAGGAUUCCGAGGGCACGGUGUUGUCGUUGCCGCCGAUCAUUAACGGUGCGAAAUCGGCAAUUUCUUUGGAUACGACAGACGUCUUCAUCGAGUGCACGGCGACGGAUUUGAAUAAGGCGAAGAUUGUGCUGAACACAAUGGUGACAAUGUUCAGUGAGUACUGUGCCGAGCCGUUCACUGUUGAGCCGGUGGACGUCGUCGAUUGCACCGGCAAAGAGACGACAUACCCCGAUUUUAUGACUCGAUUUGUCGACGCAGAUGUUGAUUACAUCAAUAAGCGCAUCGGGACGUCGAUCGAUCGCCAAACGAUGGCGGCCCUGUUGUGCCGAAUGCAACUUCCGACCAAGCUCGGAGCGGACGAAACGACGCUUCGAGUGGAGGUUCCGCCGACGCGAUCGGAUAUCUUGCACCCGUGCGAUAUCGCCGAGGACGUGGCGAUCGCGCACGGAUACAACAACAUCGCGCGCACGGUGCCGAACACGUACACGAUCGCAUCCCAACAACCCAUUAACAAGUUUUCAGACGCUGUGCGAGGCGAGGUGGCUCGCAGCGGCUUUAGCGAAGUCUUGACAUGGAUUUUGUGCUCGCACGACGAUAACUUUGCGAACGUGCUUAGAGAAGAUGACGGCAACAGCGCAGCAAUCGUAGCUAACCCGUCGAGUUUGGAUGUGCAAGUCGCUCGUAACAGCCUCUUGCCCGGCGCGCUGAAGGCGUUGGGGGCAAACAAGGAUGCGCCGUUGCCGGCAAAAUUGUUCGAAGUUGGUGACGUGGUGGUGCUCGAUCCCGAGGCGGACGUCGGCGCGCGCAACUCUCGAAGACUACUGGUUCUCUAUAGCAACGUUCAAAGUGGUUUCGAGGUCGUUCAAGGCGUGUUGGAUCGCGUCAUGCAAGUUGUCGGCAUCGCGAAGUUUGACGGCUCAGACUUUGGCUAUCAGCUCCAAGAAUCGAAUGAGCCGACGUAUUUCCCGGGCAGGCAGGCGCGCGUCAUGCGGAAUGGGAAGAAAAUCGGCGUGUUCGGUAUCGUCCAUCCCGACGUCUGCGCGAAGUUUGACAUCGUCAGCCCGACGAGCGUGCUCGAGCUAGAAUUAGAGCCUCUCAUGGCCAGUGUGUGA